GCUAAGCGCAAUUAAUUGGGGCAACUCACUUCGCAUCACUAUCAAGUUCCAUGUUCUCGUUCAACUCGUAAUUAAUUGCCUUAAAUUUACAAGAAAUCAAGUUUGGAGUUUAUUAAUGGAUGACAUGACAGUUAAAAUCCUCCUACUUGGGGAUGAGAAAGUAGGGAAAACGACGUUUUUAUCGCGGAUUAGUGGAGGUAGCAGCAGUCUUGAAGGUCAUGCCCCUAUUACUUUAUUACGAGAUAUAGACCAGCCUUUCGUUUUCGAGAUACGAAAUCGAAGGGGUGUGUAUCGUCUUGAGUUCUAUGACACUUCCAGUCCAGAAGACUGGAGGCUGCUUGAACCGGACUUGGUCUUGAUUUGCUACGAUAUCAGUCAAAGACUAAGCCUCAUCAAUAUGCAAAGAAUCUGGAUCAAGCAGGUGCAUGCCAACUUCCGAACUAGUGACCACCUCCCUGUAAUUGUCGUCGGUCUCAAGAGAGACCUAAGAUCCGAAACCGAUCCCAAUGGCAUCAUAUAUCCUCAGGAAGGACAUAAUGUGUCGCAAGAGAUGCGAGUGGACAAAUACGUCGAGUGCUCAGCUGUCACCGGCGAACUUCUCAAGCUGGCCUUCGAGGAGAUCUGCAAUACCGCAGUAAGAACGAUUGUAACCGGUGGCGGACAAAGUGAAGGAGGGUGUCUAAUGUUGUAGGUGUUAAGAAUGACGACAACUUUUUUGUCAAAUACCCCCUAGAAUUCGGAACGUAGGCCAUAUUUAGAACUUAAGGUUGUUAUCAAUUUCUACGAUCCUCAUGAGUGCCCGUUCUCGGUGGUUUCCAUAACGCCGUCUCCUUGAUCACCCUCUUCCGGCUCCUGGGGGAACUGCCCGAGGAUUUCAGUGACUAUGUCGAGGAUUUCCUGCUGCUCAUCGCCAUUAAAGCGGUCUUCCAUAUCCUCGAUAACAGUGUUUAGGACUGGAACGUUAGUGGGGCGAAUGUUGAAGAGCAUGAUACACUCUCCCUUGGUGAUCUGGUACUGGCGCAGUCUCUUAAUCAACUCAGGGAUGGCCGCCGUAUCAAAUGGCAGCGGCUUCUGACUCAGAGGACCUGGCGGGCUCUCGAAAUAUUGUAGCACCUCUUUGCGUAGCGUCUCUAAGUUUGCAGGUCCCUUGCGCUUUUGGUCAUUAUAUUGUUUUGCUUGGUUGCUCAAAAAUGUGUAAACUUCGACGUUAGUCAAUACAGCCGACUGGGCUUCUAGGAUCUUCAUUAUGGCAGUCUUAAUUCGUCUCAGGGCUUUGGGGCCGAGUUUUCGAUUGAAAUAACAAACCCAGCAGCUUUAAUGAGAUUAUCAAGUCACCUUUUUUCUUGUCGCGUUGUGAGAUGUA